AUGUCUGCCAAGGAUCUGUACGUUUCAGUGCUGGAGUCUUCAUCGGCCACAAAAAGGGACGCAAAACAGUAUCUGCAGACGUUCGCUCCCACAGUAGCUAAAAGUCCGGCUGAAGCUUCGUCUGCCGAGGCUGUUGGAGCCAUCAAUGUCGACCCCUUGAGGAAUGGAGCUCGUGCUAUUAGCGAGACCCCCAGGUUCGUGCAGGGCUCAGUCACGACAAAGCGAGCACCUGUUGACGCCGUACCCCAUGCCGCCCUCAUCAAGUUCAGACUCCCGCAGGAGGCCGACGAGGCCACAUUGAAAGGAGUGGCCAAGACACUCGCGCAGCUUCGUGUGCUCGGCCUGGUGAGCGUGAUCGUCCUCGACUGUGAGCUGAGGCCUGACGACAAGUACUGGUCUCGCAGCCUGAUCCAGCAGGCUUACAGACUAGCCGGAGCCAUUGAUGAGUAUGGGGAGCCUUGGACAACAGUCAUGAUGGAUUCCCCGCUAUCAACUCAACCUCCCCCAUCUGAGAGUCGAAGCUCGCCAUUGAUUUCCAACACUACCGUUGUUGCGGAGGGUAGUUCCAUCCUGGCGGCUCUCAACAAGGGCUCGGCCAUCAUCAUCCCACCCAUUGUUCAACAAUAUGGCGGGAACUCCCAGCCUAUCGACCCCGAUGAAGUAGUGUUAUCUCUCACACGGUACCUCUCGGGCUUGCAGUUGGCUAGGCCGUCUGGACCCGGAGGAGAGUACGAAGAGGGUUUUACAUUACCAGCAAGAAAGGCGUUUGUCGAUCGGGUGAUUAUCCUAGAUCCUGUCGGCGGCAUUCCCGCCAAGAAUCGUUGGAAUAACGCUCAUGUAUUCCUGAACCUCGAGGACGAGGUUGAAACUGCAAAGACACAUCUACGGUCUUUGAACUCAAUUUCGCGAGAAGCGAACACGAGCGACUCCUCUGUGCAGGCUCACAUGAGAAACCUUGACCUGACUAAAGACACACUUUCGAUCUUACCUUCAACAUCUUCAGUGUUGAUCACAACGCCCAGAGAAGCGGCAAACCUGCAUUCCCGAAGCGAAGAUGCUUACGAAGGUGGCGUGAUGGGGUUCGUGGGCACAGUCGGGACGAGGAGAAGUCACAAUCCCUUGAUACAUAACCUCCUCACGGAUCGUCCAACACACUCAUCAUCACUCCCUCUUGGCCGGAUCAAACCCAUCUCGCGAACUGCGGACCCUAGCAGCAGCCCUGUUAUGUCAUCUACGACAUUGGCUAAAAGAGGCAUGCCGGUGACGAUCUACCCAGAUCCAGGGUCAGCAGGAUGGGCGCCUCCAAGGCCUGGGGCACCUAGACUCAAAUUGACCGAUUCCUGCAUCGACAUGCCCCGCCUGGUUCAUCUGAUCGAGGAUUCCUUCGACAGAAAAUUGGACGUCCAGCACUACCUGAACCGUGUCGAAAAGAGCCUUGCAGGCAUCAUCAUUGCCGGAGAAUACGAAGGAGGUGCAAUUUUGACUUGGGAAAGACCAUUCGGCAUGGACGAGAAGACAGCGUAUGAGAGUGGACGGCUAGUUCCGUACUUGGACAAAUUUGCUGUUCUCAAAAAGAGCCAGGGGGCAGGAGGCGUUGCGGACAUUGUUUUCAAUGCCAUGGUGAGAGAUUGUUUCCCCGAGGGCGUGUGUUGGAGGAGCAGGAAGAACAACCCUGUCAACAAGUGGUAUUUCGAGCGGUCACGAGGGACCAUGAAGCUGUCGGAGUCGGACUGGUCGAUGUUCUGGACAACGCCUCAGGUGACGCUGAAAGAUGAGAUGAUGAAGGACUACGAGGAUGUGUGCCGGAAGAUUCUGCCUUCAUGGGCGGAUAAAAAGCACAUCGUAGACUAG